UGAGUGAAGGAUAUUUCUCUAGUUCAUUCACAAAUAUGUUGACCAAAGGUAUCUUGACUUAUGAGCAUGGUUUAUCAUAUGAUGAAGGUGAGACACAAAGCUUAGCAUCAACAUUAAUAAAAAAUUUGGAUCAGGACCCCACUAGCAGAAGCAUCAUAGGUCAAAAAUGUGACUGUCGUGUUCAUAAGGGUGGUUUUGAAUAUGUAAUUGGACUGAGGUCUGGAGGGCUACCUGAGGCAGCCAAAUCAAAAAAAUGGGGGGAUAAGGUUGACCUUGCUGUUGCAAUGAGAGAUGUUUUACUAAAAGAAGGACUUGAAAACAAUGGAGUUGAUACAGAGAAUUUUAGGAAAAUUUUUACUCUGGGAAUGCAUAGUUAUGGAUACAAAUACAAUGUUUAUGGAAUUGACUGGAAAGCCAAGAACCUUUGGCGGUUUGGACUACUUCAAGAAACAAAAUUACCACAAAUUAUCAACCAAUUGCCAAUGAUUGAAAAGACCAUCACUUUGUUGUUGAGGGUUGAGAAAACAAUUAGUGUUGCUGAAAAAAUUAGAAAUAGAGUUACUUUUGAAAAAGCUAGGUUAUACCGCAAUCGAAGAGACUCAGGAUAUUGUAUGCCAUAUUCAAUAUGUACUGUAGGAAGGACUUCUAGAACAAGAACAGUAAAGGAAUAA